AUGACUUCACAUUCGAAUGGCCAGAAAGCAGGUCCUUCAAAUUCGGAAGCUUCGAGGUAUCGCGUUCAGACGACUGACGUGCUACAGGAUAUGAGAGUAAACGUUUCCGAGGAAGGAUCCGAUAAUGUUAUCUGGUUCAAGGAAAGGUUCCUUAGCGACAACGAGAUUGUCGAGAAUAUAGUGCACAACCCCACGAGCACUAUCCAGUGGACGAUCCACCGACCUCUGCGUGGUUGGUACAUCCGCAUACGCUCCCCGACAUUUCCUCCAGGGGUUUUCAUCCCUUUGACACCCGUGCCCUCGUCAUCACCUCUCCACACGGAUGCUGCUCUGUCUUUUAAUUCACGAACUAAUAUAACACCUCCUUCAUCUUUUCCUUCACGGUCAGAAUUGCCGAGUUCCAGCUCCCAAUUUACGUUGCAAGAUGAAGACAUCACGUCCAGUUCUUCGAGUCUACAUUCCUACCCACCAACACCAACCGCAUCAACCACAGCCAUCAUCAAUGUCCAUCCACCCUCUCCCACACGUGAAAGCUCAUCAAGUACCCUCGUCGACACCGACAAAACUCCAAAGAAAAGUCUACGCCGUCCUAGACCCCCUGCAAGGUCACAGAUCACUCAGUUCCUACUUGCCCCUUCCUCCAUCCCGCCUCUCCAGCACCCUGACGCGAACGCAUCUUUCCUGUCGCGGGCCCUUUCGCUGCUGAAGACGCACCGGCCGUCGCACUCGAGCUCUUUCACCCUGUCUCGCGUCGUCGAGCCCUCGGGAACUACACCACCCCCUUACGCGUCGCAGUCGUCUGCAGCGAUCCUCCAGCAACAACAUCCACAUCUGCACGCGCCAUUGCUCGUUUUCCAUGAUCACACCCCAGUGUUGACCGUCCGAUCGCUUACGGGCGUCAUCGAAUUGGAUAAGAGCGAAGCACAAUAUCUUGGUGUCGACACGAGCUUUUGGAUUGCGGUUGCCCUUACGUAUCUAGAGUUUCUGGAGGAAAGAGAGAGCUAUCUUGCAGCAUCGAGCGAUUAG